AUGAAGAGGCUAUUGCCUUGGGAGGCAGUUCCUGCAUCUACUGGCCAGAGAAAUGUUCUCUGGGCCGAAGGUCUUCGCGGCAUUGCAUCUCUGCUCGUUGUUACGAGCCACUUGUCUCGAUCGUUUGCCUACACCCUUAUUACCCCAGCUCAAGACAGCACCCAUACGGGCUCCUUCAUCCACCUGCCUUUACUACGUCUACCUGCCCAAGGGGCGCCAUGGGUUUCCCUCUUCUUUGUCUUGACAGGCUACGUCAACGCUAUGAAGCCGAUUAAGCAAGCACGGAACGGCAAUGGUAGCCAAGCUCUCUCGGGCCUGGCUUUCAGCGCGUUUAGGAGGACCGGCAGACUCGUUUUACCCGCAACAAUUGCUACUAUAAUAAGCUGGGUGAUAUGUCAGUUGGGACUGUUCGAAAUUGGCAGGACGUGUGAAGCUGUCUGGAUUCGAGACACAAGCCCUAAGCCCGGACCCGGUGUUACGGGCUCCAUCCGUCUUCUUCUCGCAAACCUUUUCACCACUUGGACCACUGGGUUCAACGUUUACGACAAAAACCAAUGGACCUUCCCCUUUCUACUCAAGGGGUCGAUGCUCAUUUUUAUUACCUUGCUCGCUACAGUCCGUAUACACUCGAACUAUCGCAUACUAGUAUUCCUAGGCCUUUAUGCAUUCAAUUGGGCGGGAGGAGAUCCAAUGCUCGGGAUGAACAUCUAUUUCGGAGCUCUCCUUGCCGAACUUUCAAACCGACUCCCCCCUCCCUCUAUGACGCCCCAGCGAAAUCCGUUCAUACGAGCAAUGACUGGGGUUGCACUCCUCCUAGGCCUUCACGUAUCGGGUUAUCCGGAGGUGUCUCCCGAAUGGACUUCUUGGUCCCAGAAUUUGGCCCAGAUUGGGCAAUUCAUCUUUCCCGGGAAGGACUACUGGCGUUACUGGACCUCCAUCGGGGCCCAACUUAUCACUCUCGCCGUCGUAAUAUCUCCCCGAAUGCAAGACAUGUUAUCACAUCCCGCCUUUGUAUGGUUAGGGAGUGUCAGUUUACCACUUUAUCUGAUCCACGGUCCCUUGGUCCGUAGCUUGCUUGCGUGGAUGCUUUUCGGCUGGCAGAAGCCGGUCUCUUAUUACAGCCAGGAUGUCAACGGGAAUUUAACAGAUCCUUUCCAACGAAGAUCGUUCCCGGAUGGCUGGGUCUUUUGCAUUGUGUUGCCGGUAUUUUUUCUUAUCUUGCUUUGGGCUUCGCAUCUGUGGACUACCUGGGUUGAACCAUGGUGCGCAUCCAUGACCAACCGCAUAGAGGUCAUGUGUGGGACCGAGACAGGAGAAAAAGGGGAUUUGCGAAGGACCAAUGGGUGUCACGGGGAUAAGGGGGAGCGAGUAACGGAAGUUUGA